AUGGCGGAUGCAACCGCGUCUUCUUCGACACAACCCGCUUCCGAGCCAGUUCUCUCCGCCGACCCGGCAAAGGACAAAGCACUCAAAGCGUACAAGAAAGCGCUCAAACAGCACAACGAACUUUCGGAAAACCUCAAGAAACUUCGAUUCGGUCUCAAAGACCUCGAAAAGGCCUACGACAAGACUGAAGAUGAUAUCAAAGCCCUUCAAUCCGUCGGUCAGAUCAUCGGCGAAGUGCUCAAGCAGCUUGACGAAGAACGAUACAUUGUCAAGGCUUCCUCUGGGCCACGCUACGUCGUUGGGAUCCGUGCAAGUGUACCCAAGCACAAGCUCAAGCAAGGUGUACGUGUCUCACUCGACAUGACUACGCUUACCAUCAUGCGCAUCCUGCCGCGCGAGGUCGACCCACUCGUCUACAACAUGAGCAUGGAAGAUCCAGGUGCUGCAAGCUUUGCCGGUAUCGGUGGACUGUCGGAUCAGAUCCGCGAGUUGCGAGAGGUGAUCGAGUUGCCCUUGCUCAAUCCGGAACUCUUUAUGCGUGUGGGCAUCAAGCCGCCCAAAGGUGUUCUUCUCUAUGGUCCACCAGGCACGGGCAAGACGUUGCUCGCUCGUGCCGUUGCAAGCACGCUUGAAACCAACUUUCUCAAAGUGGUCUCUAGCGCGAUUGUCGACAAGUACAUCGGAGAAAGUGCACGUUUGAUUCGCGAGAUGUUUGGAUACGCAAAGGAGCACGAACCAUGUAUCAUCUUUAUGGACGAGAUCGACGCUAUCGGUGGACGACGUUUCAGCGAAGGAACUUCGGCGGAUCGCGAGAUUCAACGAACGCUCAUGGAGCUGCUCAACCAGAUGGAUGGCUUUGAUUAUCUCGGCAAGACCAAAGUGAUCAUGGCCACCAAUCGACCCGACACACUUGACCCUGCGCUCAUGCGACCCGGACGAAUCGAUCGAAAAAUCGAGAUUCCUUUACCCAACGAGCAGUCGCGAUUGGAGAUUCUCAAGAUCCAUACCCGACCCGUAGCCAAGAAGGAGGAACUCGACUACGAAGCUAUCGUCAAGCUCAGCGACGGGUUCAACGGCGCCGAUCUGAGAAACGUCGCUACCGAGGCGGGCAUGUUUGCUAUCCGGGAUGAUAGAGACUACUGUGUUCAGGAAGACUUUAUGAAGGCUGUCAGAAAAUUGCAGGAGGCCAAGAGGCACGAAUCCAAGAUCGACUACAACGCCGUCUAA